CUCCUUCUCCUCCUGGCUGCCCUGUCAUUUAAAACGCCUCUCCGGCUGAUGCGGCUGUUGUCAGACAAACACGGCGGGGCAGCUUGCCAGUGUUGACACUCCCGCGGACGCAUGCACGCACGGUGACCCCACGAACGGGACACCUUUUGCAGUGUGCGGGCUAUAAGGAGAGGGAGUGGCGCUCUGGUGAACAGUGAGGAGAGAAACUCCACACGCAGACAGUAACACAGCAGCGCCCGGGAUAACGUGAUUAGCGCUCUAUUAGGUCCGGUGCCGAGCGCAACUAGAUGCAGCGCAGAGACCACUGCGAGUGGAGAGACAGGAGGCGCAGAGGAAACGCUUCGUCCGCCUCAUGGAUCUUCUUUGCCUCCUCUUGAUUUGUCUAAAGAAGUUGCCCGUUCGCAGUAUUUUAGUGCCCUGGCACUGGAGAGGCGCUGCCAUCGCUCCUUCUCUCAGAUAAAGUGACAUCUUUAAAAAAAAAAAAUCCCUCACAAUGAGGAGGAAAAAUCCGGGAAAGUCUCAGAGGAGCGAUUCAGUCUCUUCCUCUCUCAGCCCUGCUGUAAGCCACUAGUUCUCUCCUUCCUGGUGGAUGAUAUUUGUUAACCUCAGGUGAACUCUCACAGGAAGCGGGGCCAAUCUGCUACCAUGGAGGAUAACAAUAACACUUUCCAGAACUACUCCAGCUUAGCCCCUUACAGCCUACAGAUAGCCCUGCCGCUCAGCGUGCUGGUAGGCCUCAUGAUCCUGCUCAUAGUGUUCGGCAAUGUCCUGGUGGUCAUUGCUGUGUUUACAAGCCGGGCCUUGAAAGCCCCGCAGAACUUGUUCCUGGUGUCCCUGGCUUCGGCGGACAUUCUGGUGGCCACCCUCGUCAUGCCUUUUUCCCUGGCCAACGAGCUCAUGGGAUACUGGUACUUUGGCAAGGUGUGGUGUGAGAUUUACCUUGCGCUGGACGUUCUCUUCUGCUCCGCCUCCAUCGCCCAUCUUUGUGCUAUCAGCCUGGACCGCUACUGGUCCAUUACACAGGCCAUAGAGUACAACCUGAAGAGGACGCCACGGCGCAUCAAGUGCAUCAUCGUCAUUGUUUGGGUCAUCGCUGCGGUUAUCUCGUUUCCGCCCCUGAUCCCCAUCGGGAAGGGCAACAGUGAGAAAUUCCCCGAGUGUGAGAUCAACAAAGAAAAAUGGUACGUCAUCUCCUCCUGCAUCGGCUCCUUCUUCCUGCCGUGCAUCAUCAUGGUGCUGGUCUACGUGCGGAUCUACCAAAUUGCCAAAAAAAGGACACGUGCGCCCCCUGGCGACCGGAGGCCGAAUGCUAUGUUGAAGCCAUCCACUGCUCCUGCUGCGAACCAGAAGGAGAAUGGCGCCGGCGACGCCAAGGAUCCCCUCUGUCACGAGAAGCUGAACGGUGAACAGGCUAUAGAGCUGCAGGAGGGAGUCGGAGGACAUGGGAAAGCAGAGGAGGGCAAAGGUGAGGUCAACGGCGUGGACCUCGAGGAGUCAUCGUCCUCUGACCAUAAUGUGAACAACCCAUGCUCCAUUAGAAAGAAAGCACACAAGGGGAAAUCCAGACUGAGGCAAAUCAAACCAGGGGACGCCAACGUCCAAAAGCAAGAGGCAAACACCAAAGGCAGCCGCUGGAGAGGCCGUCAAAACCGCGAGAAACGGUUCACCUUCGUCCUGGCGGUGGUCAUCGGCGUCUUUGUCGUUUGUUGGUUUCCGUUUUUCUUUACCUACAUGCUGAUGACUCUUUGUGGCUCCUGCUCCGUGCCUCCGACCCUGUUCAAGUUCUUCUUCUGGUUCGGCUACUGCAACAGCGCCCUGAACCCUCUGAUUUACACCGUUUUCAACAACGACUUCAGGAGGUCGUUCAAAAAGAUACUGUGCAAGAGGGACACCAGGAGAUACGUAUGACUCCAGCUUUGUAUCGGUUGUAUCUUCUUUGGUAUAUUGUGCAUCCGUCGUAAAACAGUGUGGCCAUCGUGCAUGAACCUACGGUGUGUGGUCGCUCAGGAAGGUGUUUGUGUGCAGAAUCUUCCCUUUCAAUGCAUCCACCAGUCACAGCUUUAACACAAAGAUGGAGAUCACAGAGAAAAACCCAUAAGAUCACAUUUUUAUCGUAUUUGCUUUUUUAAAGAGGCAAACAUAGUGAAGUUGUUGAUAUGUAUUGGAUUUGUAUGUUGUACUAAAUGAUCUGUCUGAGUAUUUGUCUAUUUUUGGUUUUAUGAAAACAGUAUUGUGCUAUUUUGUAUGAUAUGGUGAUACUGAUUACAAAGAAGAUGAUGCUGGUGGACUUGUAGUAAAAAUGCAGACUCUGAAGAAUAAAUAAAGCCCAUUUGUCUGAGAUGGUUUUGAAAACCUA